GAUAUGGCUCAAGUUGUGAGGAGAAGAGAGCAACCUGCUGUGCUCACCUCACCUCUCUUACUAAGUGUUGGUAUCAAAUCAAAUGAUUCUACUACAAGUUCCGGUUCGAUUUCACCUUCAGGUCACCUCAAGGCUCUCACAUCUCAAGUUGAGGACGGACAAUGGGCAGCAAAGACCAAAGAAAGGCAGUUAGUCAGGGAGAGAGGGACCCUGCUGAAAGAAGUCCGGGAGUUACACCACUCAACCACUGUAUUCAAUCGAGCGAAAACAGAGGAGUCAAAGGAACAUUUUAACGAACUGCAGCAGAAGAUUAACUUUCUUUCAAAACUACAUUCUGGCUCUUAUCAGCUCAGCAAGCGAAACACUAUCAACAGGAUAGAAAGCAAUAGAAAACGUCUACAGUUGGCUAGAGAGGAUGGCAGGAAAUACAAAAUGUCACUAACGACUACAGAACAAAGAUACCAGUCUAUUCUAAACACAAUGGAUCAGAUAGUGGUCGAGGCAGACGAUCUAGCCCUCCAGUUUGAGAAACAAUUGCGUGAGAAGGCCAGAAGGCACCACGAACUAGGGAAUGAGCUGAAGGAAGUCGGAGCUCAACUUAGACUCGAACAAGCGAAGAAAGAUAAAUUGAUUAAGGAAGAAGAAAAGCACAAAAGGGAGGAAGCGCUCGAACGUAUCUCUCAAUGGAGAGACUCUGAGGUGGUCGACCAGCAUCUCAAAUAUCAGCAUCAGACUCACGAGAAAAAGUUCCUUGACAAAACAAGGAGUUUGGGUAAAAAGCUCCGCAACACGGACCACGAUGUAAAACUGAAGCAAAGAGAGUACGGGAGGAAGCUGCAGGAUGUAAACUGUUUGCUGGGUAAAGUGGGCGAGGAACAGAGGAGACUCAGUGAGAACAAGAUUCAUAUCGAUAAUAUGGGUACAAUACAGGAGAACGAGCAGAAUGUCCAGGAUCACAUAUCAAAACAGAAGACUAUCCUGGCACAGCGACAAACGAAAGCGAACAAAUGGGAGCCAAAGUUACGGCAACUAGCCAAGGAAAACGAGCAGAGACUAAACGAAAUGGAACGGCAAAUCCUAUUUGAGGACGUAGCGAAGGCCGGAGGUAAAGAACGAACCCUCUAUAGGAAUAUGCGGAAGUUGGAAAGUGAGACCAGGAAACAGGAGCAGAUCUGCAACAGCAAGAAGGCACUGGUGGAAGCAGCUAACACUGCCGCCAGGAAACAUGCCCAGGACCAACUGAGAGCUGUUGACUCCCACCAGCUUGAGCUCGGAGAGCAAGUUGCGAAAGAAGAAGCCUUUCUUCGGCAGUUGAUAGUUCAAAGAGACAAUGCUCUAGCUGAUUAUAGGCAACACCAGACCGGCCUGAAAGACAUUAUACAACUUUUCCAGACUUUGUCAAGUGAACAGGAGAGAAAAAUUAAACUCUCCGAGUCAUAGUUUUAUCAGAAUUAAUGGUCGAUAUGAAAUGGAUCCCCGAGACUUUAGGUAAUAUCAGAUCAUUUGAAAUAUCUGGUGAGAAAAUUAUCCAUGUUGAUACGGUGUCAACUGUCAAUAGCACUGAUUAGCGAUAACGAUGUUAAAAGAAAGAUCCCGCAUUAUAUUACAAUAGCUCUCUGACUGAAACCGUAACCCUUACACGAGAACCUUGUCGUAAUAUAGUGCUGUCGUGAUAUAGUAUACCUCGACGCCAUCUGAUUUUAGGUAUAUGUAAAUAAUCUUGUUCAAUCUUUAGAAUUUCCAUAGAAACUAUAGAAUUUACAGAUCUUGCUGCAGAGCUACUUGUUGGUGAUUUUCUUUGUCGCGGCUACAGAAUAUGAUGAUUUUAAUGUUGACGAUAAGUGAUAACCAUACAAGUUGUGUUAAUAUAAUGUACUGUUAUAGGCAAAUGAUUUAUAGUUAAAGUUUAUUUUAAUCUUGCUGUUU